UAUGGGCGAGAAUGUUAAAUACUCUAAAUUGCUCUAAAGCAAAGAUGUUUUCGAUCGUAUCUUCUUCUCCAAUCGUCAAUUCAAGCUUCAAUUUCCAGAACUCGCCGAGAUCGCUGGUCCAUGUUAUGUCGGCGGCGUCUGGAUUCAAAACUCUGACGGAGAAUUUGACGGUGAGGGUGCAGAGAGCAGAGAACCGUGAGCUGAACGUGCCUCUGCUCUCGCCCUUCACUAUCGCUUCGUCGCGGCUCGAUUCAGUCGGUAAUGUCGCGAUUCGGGUUGAGCUUAGUGGCGGAUGUGUCGGCUGGGGAGAGGCUCCGAUCUUGCCGUCAGUGACGGCGGAGGAUCAGCUUAUGGCCAUGGUUAAAGCGCGGGAAGCCUGUGAGUUUCUAAACGAGUUACCGGAGAUGAAACUUGGUAAUGUUCUUCAGGAGAUUGGUGGAUUUCUCCCUGGCCAUCGAUUUGCCUCUGUAAGAGCAGGGAUGGAGAUGGCAAUGAUCGAUGCAGCAGCUAAGAGAGUAGGAAUGCCAUUGUGGAAACUAUUUGGUGGGGCUUCAAGUACGAUUACCACCGACAUAACAAUUCCGAUAGUUUCUCCCGCCGAAGCUUCGAGUUUGGCGUUGAAGUACAGAAAAGAAGGGUUUGAAACCUUGAAGCUUAAGGUAGGGAAGAACCUUAAGGCCGACAUAGAAGUUCUCCAGGCUAUACGUGCAGUCCACCCUGCAUGUUCCUUCAUUUUGGAUGCAAACGAGGGUUACAAAACAGAGGAAGCUAUUGAAGUUCUCGAAAAGCUUCAUGAAAUGAAGGUUACACCGGUUCUCUUUGAACAACCCGUCCACAGAGACAAUUGGGAAGGUCUCCGUGACGUGACUCGAAUUGCAAAGAACAGAUUCAGAGUCUCUGUUGCAGCAGACGAGAGUUGUAGAGACUUGACUGAUCUCAAGAAAAUCAUAAAAGGUGAUGUCGUAGAUGUUGUUAACAUUAAACUCGCCAAAACCGGUAUCCUCGAGGCCCUUGAGGUAAUUGAAUUGGCUAGAUCAUCUGGAAUUGAGCUUAUGAUAGGGGGAAUGGUGGAGACUAGAUUAGCAAUGGGGUUCUCCGGUCACCUUGCUGCCGGCAUUGGGUGUUUCAGAUUCAUUGACUUGGACACACCACUUCUUCUGGCUGAUGAUCCCGUUCAAGGUGGCUACAAAGCAUCGGGUGCUGUCUACGAGUUUACAGAUGAAGGCGGUCACGGAGGAUGUCUUGAGUGGAAUGGACUUGCUUUCUGAGUUUUCUUCAGUCUAGUUAGAUUCUUUCUUUAUUAGUUCAUAGUAAGCCAAUCUCAAGUUUGAUGUUGGUUUUUUGGUUUGAAGAGGCAUAGACCUUGGUCCUGAAUUUUCAGUUUGUUUUAGGGAAUCUAACCUACAAGCCUUGUUGGAACCCAAAAAAAAAUAUAUAAAAUAUAGCCUACAAGCGUUGUAACUUCUGUUCCAUAGCAAAUAAAUGUAGGACUUCAACACAGUGAUCUGAUUAAUUUUUGUCUGAAACACACAAAAAUACAAAAGGUGCCAAAUUCAGUCAUCCGAAAAAUCAGUAGUGGGUAAUGUUCUGGGAUAACCAUGAGAUUGGAAUGGUACUUUAACUAUUCG